AAAUGUACUGAUGCCGUCCGCCGUCCGUCGUCCGUCGUCUUGUCCGCGUUGCGUUCGUGACGCAUGCGCGGCAUGCAACGAUAACAUGGAUACAUUCGGAACCAGUCGCAUUCGGGCAAAGCCAGUUGUAAAGUAAACGUGUUCGUUCGGUUUGUUAUUUCGGCUCAUGUUUUGUUAUGUGCGUUUUCGAAACUGCAGCACGUGGAAAUGAUACGCAUUCGAUACAAAUCAUAAUAUAACGCCAAUGAACAUUUUUCAUUAUUCGAAGCGAAUGCGAACCUGUGAUCAAGUCCAAAAUGAGCGUUAAAUAUAUCGCAUCCUUGGAUGUAGGAACGACAUCUGUGAGAUGUUACAUAUUUGACGGUGAAGCCAACGUGCUAUCUAAAUCGUCUGAACAGGUGGAUUUAAUAUAUCCCAGUCCUGGACGAGUCGAAAUUGAACCUGAGUCUUUAUUAGAAACAAUUUUGCUAGUUGUGAGGGAAGCCAUUAAAGGUGCUGGUUUGACUGUUGAUGAUAUAUCAGCAUUAGGAAUUUCUACUCAAAGGUCAACUUUUAUCACGUGGGAUAAAAAUACAGGAGAACCGUUUCAUAAUCUUAUCACGUGGAAGGACCUUAGGGCUGACUCUUUAGUUAGAAAAUGGAACAAUUCACUUACAAUGAAAGCAAUUCGCGUUGGAUCAUCGUGCUUACAUCUUUUGACCAGAAACAAGCGAUAUCUUGCUGGAAGUGUAUUAAAACUUAUGAAUACUCAGACAACAUUGAGGUUAUGCUGGUGCAUGCAGAACAUAACUGCGUUACGGGAAGCUAUUGCACAGGGUAAUGCACAGUUCGGAACCCUGGAUACUUGGUUAUUGUAUCGGCUGACUAAAGGACGGCUCUUCGCCACCGAGGUUUCCUCUGCCUCUGCGACCGGCAUGUUCGAUCCGUUUACUGGCCGCUGGGCUGGUUGGGCUCUCACCCUGUUUUCAAUACCCGCUGAUAUACUGCCGCAAAUAAUGGACACGGCGGGAAGUUUUGGCAGCACGCAUCCCGAUAUUUUUGGUUCUCCUCUUCGUAUUGCGUGCUCGAUAUCUGAUCAGUCGGCAUCCAUGUGGGGAUCGCAAUGCUUUAGUAAAGGCGAUUUGAAAGUGACGUUAGGAACGGGAAGUUUCCUAGACGUUAAUACAGGAUCAACGCCUCAUGCUUCCGUGUCGGGUCUUUAUCCGCUUGUUGGCUGGCGUUUGUUCGACGGCGAAACGGUUUAUGUUGCUGAAGGAGCGGCCAAUGAUGCAGGAUCGUUGAUUCAGUGGGCCAUUAAAACUGAUCUCGUGAAAAAUGCGGAUGAAACUUCAAGUCUGGCUAAAUCUGUUGAUGAUUCUGAUGGUGUAUUUUUUAUUCCAGCCUUCAGCGGACUUGGUGCACCUGUUCACGAUCACCGAGCAGCCACCGGCUUUCUAGGUUUGCGCCCUACGACAACCCGUGCGCAUAUGAUUCGGGCAUUGCUUGAGAGCGUCGCUUUCAGAGUAGCUCAACUUUAUGUUUGCACCAAGCGAGAGGUCGGUUUUGCGUUUAAAAAAAUACGAGUUGAUGGUGGUGUAUCACGCAAUUCCUUCCUCUGUCAAUUAUUGGCAGAUUUGACAGCACUACCUGUAGAGCGGGGGCCUCCAGAAAUGUCUGUGUUAGGAGCGGCGCUUUUAGCAGGAUUAACCGUUGGUAUGUGGAGGUCUAAAGAUGAAUUGCAUUCGGUACACAAGACAAAUGACACAUUUCUGCCGAACUUGCAUCGACACGAAAGUAUCGUAAAUACCAUGGAACAAUGGGAGCGUGCCGUUGAAAGAUUUCGGGACUGGUACGAACCCCAAAGCAUAGAGUCAAAACAUCUUAGGCACAAUUUAAAUACGAAGAUAUCAGAAAAGUGAUACUGUAAAUAUUUUAUAUUUUACCUCCAGUUUUCUCUGAUACAUACAGACUUACAAACAUCAUAAAUAAUACUCUCAAAUAAUAGUAUGCCCAUAUUGUAGAAUUUGUAACAUUCCCCUUGUAUUUUUGUUAAUGAAUAUCAAUGAUUUUUUAUGAAGUACUGUGAGAUGUAACA